AUGCAGGCCAUGCAGCCCCCUUGUGAAGCCAGGCUGCCCUCCGCGACCCUACAGCUGGCACCGCAGGAUGAGCUCCCACCCCAGACUCCCACCCCAGAGCCCUGGAGCCAGCUCUUCUGUGGCCUGCGCUACUGGGAAGCCGAGGGCCCACGGAGGAUUUGCAGCCGCCUGCGGGAGCUCUGCCCGCGCUGGCUGGAGCCCCAGCGCCGCAGCAAGGAGCAGAUCCCGGAGCUGGUGGUGCUGGAGCAGUUCCUGGCCAUACACGAGAAGAUGCAUGCCUGGGGUGGCAGGUGCCGCGUGGAGACCUGCGCCCAGGCCAUAGCCCUGGCCGAGGGGUUUCAGCUGGCGCAGGCGGAGGACGAGAAGCUCCAGGUCACCGUGCGUGUGAAGGUGGAGGAGCUGUCCUCAGACAAGAUGCAGCCCACUGGGGCCCUGCCGGAGCCUGGUGAUUCCUGGGCGCAGCCAAAGGCCCAUCGCGGGGACAGGCCUCUGGCAAAGGCAGGAGAGAGAGAAACCCCAGGGCCCGAGGACGAGCUGCCUCAUGUCACCAAAGAGGAGCCCCCACCCAGCCCGGGGCCAGGUGCCGGGACCCUGAGCAGAGCGGAUCAGCAGCCUCCCGAGGAAGGACCUGUAAGCCUGGAGCUGCAGAGACCAUCCCCAGGGAGAUGGGGACAGAGUGGCUCCCUGACCCCUGGACCAGGCCAGCUGCAGAAGGGGCAGGGCAGGCCUGCAAGGCAGGGGGAGAGCAUGGAGGUCCGGGAGGUGUUUGAGGACGUGGCAGUGUAUUUCACAUGGGAGGAGUGGGAGCUGCUGGAAGAGGAAGACAAGGGGCUUUUCCAGGACCAGAUGCUGAGGAACCACCAAGCCCUCGUUUGCCUGGGAUUUCGAGGUCCCACACCUGACUUAAUCUGCCACAUCCAGCCAGGGCAGGUGGAGCUCUGGGUGUGUGAUGAUGAGGACCGUGGGGAAAUGUUGAGGUCGGAGGACCUGCUGCCGGGUGAGUUGUGGCUGUCCCCUCCACCCAACUCCCCUCUCACCGAUGCUCCAUGCCCAGGGUGA